AUGUCCGCUUCGCCAAUCCUUUCCAACGUCCAAUUGUCCCAGCAGAUGUCGUUCACGCCUCAACCUUUAGAUGCUGAUCCAUCGAGAGGCUUCACUGACCUCAUGAUGGCGGAUUUGGUAUGUAGUGUCAUGAACGAAAGGCCAUUCGAUACGGUCUUGGGUAAUCAGAGCAUAGGACAUUUGCCAGAUAUUCUAGAUUUCGCGUUUGACGACACUUUCGACUUCUCCUCUGCCGAAAUCUUCACGCCACUAGUCAGUAUAGAUGGGCCUCCCGUGCAUGCUCAUAGCGGCACUGCUACACCUUCCAUCCAAAGACUUGCAAGCCUCGGCCAGCAAGCAUUCAAGGACUCUAUGUGGCUAUGGACUCCCACCCAUGGUGACUCUUCCGCAGCUGAGCAGGAAAACUUGUCGAUUCCAACACCGGAAUUGCUCUUAGCCGACACUACCAGUGUCAUUCAUCAUCUAUCUUUGCCUAGCAGGGAUCGUGUACUGGCACUUAUACUGAGGACAUGUGAACAAUCAGCGCAAAUGCAAAUCGUCUCUUGCUUUCCAUCUGCUGAGAUGUUAUCAAAAUUGUCCAGUAACUUCAUCAGCUAUCACUCUCGUCAAUUUGCUCCGUGGAUUCAUGUGGCAACACUCGAUCUCAAUCAGGAGCGCGAAGUCUUCCUGUUAGCAUUGAUAGCUUCGGGAGCAACGAACUCAUCAUUUCCUAAUGUUCGGAAACUAGGCUAUGCCAUGCAUGAGGCUUUGCGCCUUAGUAUUCCAGCCUCUUUUGAGAAGGACAAUAGAAGCACUCGAGACCUGCGGAGUCUACAAGCUAUGGCGUUAGAGCUGCAGAUAGGCCUUUGGAGUGGCAACCGUCGCAAGUUGGAAAUUGCCGAAAGUUUCGCAUAUCCGAUCAUUACUAUGACACGCAGAGGUGGUAGAUUUCGACAGAGAUCGCUGGUAGAUCUUACACCACAUAUGGAUGACAAUGUUCAGACAACCGAGACGAAAUGGAAGAAAUGGGUGGAACAUGAGUCCUUCAAAAGACUCGCCUACCACCUGUUUCUUGUAGAUGCAGGAUCCUCGUACGCGUUGAUGAGCCAACCUCUGAUCUCUUACGCCGAAGUUUGUGUCGAUCUACCUUGCUCGGCGGAUCUGUGGCAAGCGACAAGUGCCCAAGAAUGGAAACAAAGAUACCUUGUCAACCAUACGCAUAUCGAAGACUCACCCAAUUUGCGGCAUGUUCUUGAAGAUCCGAGUCAAUUGACGAGUGUGCAAUCGAUCAUCGAUGUACAACUUAGUCUUACAGUAAUCGUUUCAAUCCUUUGGUCACGAGUAUGGCAAUGUCUACAGAUGAGGACACUGUCUAAUUACCAGUACAAUGGGUCUGGAGCCUCUAGCAUGCUCACAGUCAACACAUACCACCAAGAGCUGAUUCAUGCAGCGAAGAAUAUUUCCCUCAGGUCCUCCGACUGGCAUGGCGGACUUGGUCCUUACGCCGAAAUGCUUCUGGAGCUCUGCAUGCUGCAUCUUCAUGUUUCCCUCGAAGCUGUUCAACUCUUAGCUGGCAAAGAUGGUGAAGAAGAGGCGCGAAAAGUUGUACCUGUCUUGCGAAGAUGGAUCGUGUCAGCAGAAUCUCGGCAGGCAAUUUUUCACGCUGGUCGUGUGCUCGCAGCCGCCCGCAGAUACCCACUUGGCUAUCUUCGUGAUCAGUCCGCCGUGGCUGUUUAUCAUGCUAGUCUAGCAUUGUGGGCAUACGCGAUUCUUUCCGAAGCACCCUUGCAUGGUGGUGUUACCAGCACUGAACGGUAUUCUACUUCGGACCACAACAAUAUUCCGCAAGUAUUUCUAGAUGAAGAGGACGGGCCUGAAAUGCAGAGAUUUCUGGUCUUGGGUCUUGGGGUACCUGCUAUCAGAAAGUAUGAAGAAGUCUGGUUCAGUCCGCGAGAAAUCAACAAUUAUGUUCCACUCAGUGAUACACUCAUGGCUAUGAAGAGCGUUGCAAACCUGCUCUCGAGCAAAAAUGGAGACGCACAAAGCAGACCACUCAUGGUUACAAAUUUGAAUAGACUCAUACUGGCGCUGGGUCAUGCUGCUGUUGAGUUGAAGAAGAAGGGUUCGUAA